CACACCGCACACCGCACGCGGCUCCCCCGCACCGACCGCGGGCACCGCGCAGCGCCUCCGGAGUGCCCCGGGCACCGCCUCCUGCGCGCUCCCCGCACCGGCUCCGUAGGCAGCAGCUGCUUCGGUCACCGGCUCGCACUCACCCCAAGGCUGGCUCCGCUGUGUCCCAAGCCCCCCGUGCCCGGCACCCUGGGCAGAGCUGGCGGCCCCGGCUGCAGAGAGAAAGCGGGAGCCCUGAAAAUAAAACCGAAGUCGAAGCGCUGUGUUCCUGUUGUGAGGUGCUCGUGACUGGGAGUAAAGUUGCCUUUUCUUCAGUCCUUUGGAGGUGAACUCCGAGAAGCUGCUUCCUCUGAGGUUGGUAAACAAAGUCAAACUUCAUCUGUGUUUAAACCAGUGCCUAAUUAAUGUGUCUAAUUGGCCCACAUCUACUAAUUCCAGGCUGGCAGGGAGUUUAUUAAAAAGCUUUUCUAGUUCUAAUGGAUUGAAAUAAGCAAAGCUGCUUAACAGUCUCAGAUGAAAGGCACUAACCAGGGACCCAGUGGUGUGGGUCUGUCUGAGUCAGUCCCACAUCCCAUCAGGCAUCAGCCCCCUCCUGGGUUUUGGCCACAAGGUGCUCCAGCUCUCUGGGGGCUUGGGGACCAUCCUGGUGUUCUCUGCUUCUUUUGGUUAUUUUUAAACACCAAAUUGAUGCUUUUGUUAGCCUUAGUAAAAGCAUCAGCUGUUCUGGGUUUAAUGCCAUUUAAUACCGAGAUUAUAGAUAGCCUGGCGAUGCCACGGGGUAUUUUUAAAGCAAUGGAUUACUUAAUUUCUGAAAAGUAUUAGUUAUCAAUGUGUGAAUGACAACCAGCUGCAGCUGCCCAGAUGGUGUCCUUGCACCACAACAGGCUGCAGGCACUGCUGGGCUGACCCCAGCCAGGCAGCACCAUGAGCUGGGCACAGAGUCCCUGAUGGGGCCCAGGCUGGAUGUAGCUGGGUUUACUUCUGCCCCAUGACUCCAUAAAUCAUCCUGUAAAUUAUCCUCCUGCUCACCAGAGCUGCCUUGUCUGUGUCCUCUGGCCAUGCUCAGGGUUACUGCAGGCUCAGUAACCUCGUGCUUUCUCUCUGCUCUGAGAAUUCCCACUGCCUCCUUCCCAGGGUCUUUGGAGCUCAGAUGGCUGCAGGCACUUUGCUCUGCACUGUGAUCUGGAAGCUCAGCAAGGGAGUCAAUGAAGUGUUGGAUAUAAACUGGUUGCAAGUGCAGAUCACCUCCACAUGGUCUCCAUGGAUGUGGCUUCCAGGUUUCAAACCCAGGGCAGGUGGACACAGCUCCACAUAUGACUGUCUUCAACCACCUUGCCCAGUGCCAGCCAAGCUGCCUCCUGAUAACCCACAGCUCAUUAGUAAGCCUUUCCCAAAUACCCUUCCUACCCAAAAUGGGUCCUGCAAAGGGCUGCACAGCCCCAUCCUCUCCAUCCUGCUCCCCCAGCAGCCUGAUCUCCCAGUGGUUGCACACAAAGCAGACUUGGGCUGGAAAUGCUGACAGUGCUCUUGACAGUUUAUGGUCACAGACUCUAUUUUCAGCCUAAUAAGUUUUUUAUGUGCUUGGAAAACUGUCAGUUGAACAUCAGCCAGGUAAAAAGCACCUGCCGUAAAGUGCCUGGACCACAACCAAAUGGGAAAGGUGCUGCUCUGCUUUGGCAAGUUCUUGAUCUCAGACACUUCAGUUGGUUCACUUAUUUGGUUUGAGGAUCUUGGCUCUAAUUAUAAAAUAAUAAGAUAAAAGAAUAACGCCUGUAUUUAAAAAUUUGUGGAAAUAUUUGCUGAGAGCCUGUUAAAUCAGAGCGAGCAGCAAGUCUGGAUUGGGGUUUGGGGUUGGGAGGCUCUGUGGUGCUGCUGCUGGUGCUGGGGUGGGCUGGUCCCUGCCAGGAGACCCUGGAUCCCAGUGAUGAAGGAGAGAGGCUUUGGGAGCAUGUCUGGAGGAGGGUCCUGCUUCUGGGGAAGGUGAAUGUGGGGAUGAGCUGCCACUCCCACUGCAGACUCACCAGAGAAACGUGGGCAUAUCCUUGGCCACAGGGAGAGCAGGGCCUGAUCCCGAGCCUGCCUCUGCUCCCACCAUGGACAUCACGAUGCUAUAAAUGACUUCCCUGCCUCACAGCCUGUGGGACUGCCAGGAAGGUCAGGGGUGGGGGGACAAAGGGUCUGGGAAUGAAUUGCAAGUAUGUGAGGCUCUUUCAGAGGGUUCCCCGGUGACAGCUUCGCCCCUCUCAUACCAGGCAGGCCAUGCCAUGGCAGCCCUGCAUUGCAGGCACUGGCACGGCCCUGAACUGCUGCAGGGAUGCUGUGGGACACCCCUGGGGAGUGAUGGGCUCUGGCAAUGCUGUGUGGCACAUCACAGCCCACGGGGCACCCGGGGAGCACCGUGUGUGGCUCCAGUGCCAAGGGCAAUAACCAGGUCCCUGCAUCCCACGGCACCCUCCUUGCCCAGGUGCCACUGCAGGGUACUGCAGGCUGGUGGGACAGGAGGCAGCACCAUCCAGGAGGGAAUGGUGGUGGGUCCAGUCCCGGGUGGGAUCUGCCCAUCCUACAGCCCUGCCCUGGGUGGGAUCUGCCCAUCCUGCAGCCCUGUCCUGGGUGGGAUCUGCCCAUCCUGCAGCCCUGCCCCGGUGGGAUCUGCCCAUCCUGCAGCCCUGUCCUGGGUGGGAUCUGCCCAUCCUGCAGCCCUGUCCUGGGUGGGAUCUGCCCAUCCUGCAGCCCUGUCCUGGGUGGGAUCUGCCCAUCCUGCAGCCAGGGUGGUGCCGCCCCAGGGCUCUGCUUCCCAGGCAGACAGUUUACAGCAAAUGGCUCCUCUCGGUCAUAAAAAUAACCCGGUAGGAAACAAACUGCCCCCAGCACUUCAACUGGGGAAAAACGCAUUUAUUAGUAAAACUCAAGAUGUCCUUUCCUGUUCUGCCUCUCAAGCUCAGGGAACCAGCGCUGAGAGGUUGACUGAGCUUCCCAGCCAGGCACCAACUUAUUUCAAUGCAGGGCUUGAUUCCUCCAAGCUGCAUUUUUCUUCCCCUGCUAGCGAUGCUCCACUGCUGGUCCCUGACUCCACUGGCCAGAACGGCUCUGGCUUUGGGGCCACAAGCGAUUUCCCAGCUGAUAGAGCUGUAAAUGCCCUGUGAAAUGUUCCCAGAUGCCCAUGCCUGAGAGCACAGCAGGUUCCCUGUGGGGAAUGAACAGAAUGAAACGAAAAUAUUUGUCUUCUCCUGCAGUGUAAGCACUGCACUGGGGACUUAUUUCUUCCUCCACCUUAAAACUGCAGAUUUUACUAAGUCUUGUUUAUAUGCAGAGGGUUUCCAGUUGCUUCUCUCCAGGCCUUUCUGUGGAAGGACUAACUGGGGAGAUGAGAAGCAUCCUCCCUCAAUUGCAAAUGCAAAAAUGUCCCUGUGUAUGCCUGGCCCAGCUGCUUGUCCCCUGCUCCAGCCCUGGCCCUUUCUUCCCAGCCAUGCUCAGGGGCUGUGUGGUGUCUCUGGGGUUACAGCAAACAGCAGCACAGGAAUCACAGCUGUUCCAGGCAUCAGGAGGCAGAUGUGUCAUGAAUCAGUUAAAGGGAAUCUAAUUAACAGUAGGCCUUUCUGGAGGCAGGCAAGCCACCUGAGCUAAAUGGAAAAAUAAAUCAAAGACUUCUCUGGGUUCUGAAAUAUUUAGUUGACUUUUAGGUCCUUUAUUUGAGAGUCUCCUGGGCUGGGAGCUGAGUAGUGACAGGCAGUGAUGCUCACCCAGGUACCCCCCAAGGCACCUCCACUCAUGGCCAGGCACAGACUCAGGGCAUGAGUCCGGAGGUUCAAGCCUGGUAACUGCUUGCCAACAGUCCCCUUUAUGGAGGCAGAUGAGAGCUGUGAGCUUACCCAACCUGGGAUUUGGAGGUGCUGAUGUGACUGCAAGCCCAGUGCCCAUCCUAUGCUGUGACUUUGGGAGAUGAUGUGUCCCUCACUCCCAGGCUGAGUCUGCAGGUUUAUCCAUGAGACACCCUCUGCUCCUCACCCAUGCAGCACUGGAAAGGAAAAUAAACCCUGCUCCUGCCUUCUGUGCUGCUGGGUUUACUCCCACUGGGGCUGACCAGAGCUGCUGGCAGUAAAUAUUGGGAUGAGGAGUUAUGAAACUGCCCUGGGGAAGCUGCAGCAUCCUGUGAUGGGUAUUGCAGACCCGUGGGGUUCUUGGGCACCCCCAGGCUCCUGGAUGAGCAGCAUCCUGUGGGAGCUCUGCAUCCCCAUCUCCCCUGGACUCUCAGCAUGGCACUGUGUGGCCUUCCCACCACUGCACACUUUUAAAGGGACAUUUUUGCCUCCAAAACCAAGUAACAAUUCAGUGAGAGUGUCUGGCUCUUGGCAUCACCACCAGUGAACCUGCCCCUGAGCUCUCCUCUGUGCCAGCACCUUCCCAUUGCCAGGACACCUCCUCACUGCUGUGCCUGGACUGGAGACAGGGCGGUGCUGCAGGGUGGGCUGUGCUGGCAAGAGCACACUGGGAGCUGUGGUGUGUGGUUGGGUGAUUAUCCCCAGCCCUGCUGAGCAGCACCUCCUCAUCAGAGCAAAGGCAGCCAGGACAGAGUUAAUCUGCCUCCUGUCCUUGGGUGUCCUCUGCACAGCAUGGAAGCAGCCUCUCUGAGGAGAAGCUGUGGUGCCCCUGGGAAGCCUGGGAGCUCUCUGAUGCUCCUUGGGGUAAACUUUUUGCCCGUGAGCCCAAACAAGCAGAAUAAUUUCACUCUGGCUGCGCUGUGCCUUGGCACGAAGGGCUCCUCAGGGAGCCCUGGAUCGGACCUGAGUGUCUCCUGUUCAUGGCAGAGCGGAGGUGUUGGGCGAAAUUCAAAAGACAGUCUCCUCCCAGGAUGCUGGGGAGGCAGCUCAGACACAGGGCAGCUCCCGGGGGUUUCUCACUGCCCCACUCCUGUGCCGGCACCUGCCUCAGCAGCGAUCGGCACCGAUGGCAGGGGCAGGGAGGGUUUGCCGCCGAGGGGUAUUUAAAGGGAUGGUGUGAAAACGGGCACAACUCCUUUAAGGUUGGGCUCAGCAAGCCGUGCAGGCCAAAGCCCUGCCCGCGGGUGCAGCCGCAGUCGCUGUGCAGCGCUCAUACCAAUGCGCGUUCGGCGGGAGCCGCUGCCGGGAGCUGCCAGCGCAUCCUCAGCCCGCCCGCUCCGCGGGUCCCGCGCGGCACGGCAUCACCUAUUUAUAACUGCACGCACUGCAGGAGCAGUAUUAGACUGAUGGCUUCACACAGUCACGCUAAGUGUUGCUCUGUUUCUGUGAUCUGCUCUUCUGCACAAGCUGUUGGUCUCCUGGAUGCCAAAACACUCUGCAUAGUGUAGACAAAGACUCUCACUUUUCAUUUUUAUUAAAAUCUUCACCAACAGCACCAGUCCUUGGCAUAUUUACCAGUUUUUCCCAGGCCACCUUGAGUAAUUGCAUCUACUAUUCCUUCCCAGUCCGAUCGAUAUCCUUGGUAAAUAACAUAACCUGUCAGCUCUGUUAUUGCUGCAGACAAAGGUACUUUAGCAAUGAAAUUGUUUUGCUGGAGAAAUAAAUACUUCUCACUGAAUCUGAGGAUGCUGUGACCUUUCAUUAGUGAUCUGAGUGACUCAUCCC